GUAGCGGCGGUGGGGGGAACGGAGGGCGUGGCGGCUCCUCAUCCGCUUUGGCCUUAUCCUGGUCGGAGGAAUCACCCGGCUGGAAGGACGUGCCGCUACCGCCACCGGCGUCGCCGCGCCGGGCCGGCGGGAGCUUGCUUCCAUCACAAACAGCAGCAACAGCAGCGUCUUCCCCCUCCUCCUCGGCCGCUUCAUCCUCCUCCUUCAGUAGCAGUAGUAGAGCACUACCAGCCCGCAGCACCCCUGGUGGCUACAACAACCGCCUCAACACGGCAACCACCAGCACAUCAAGCGACGGCUCCUUCCGCGUGCACCUCCCACCAGCCCGGACGUCGCCAUCCCAACCCGCCUCCCUCCCACUCCGCGCGCCGCCCGGCCAAGACCUGGACAUCCUCACCCCCGCACCCCUAGCCUGCCGCGCCAGCGGCGUCGCCAGCACCAGCGGCCGCCCUCCCCCUGACGCCUUCCAACGCCUGCUCAUCCUCCCCACCACCUCCUCCUUAGCUUACCUAGACGGCACACUACCCGGCGACUGCGGGUUCGACCCGCUGGGCCUCUUCGACCCCAGCAACGGCUCCGCGGGUUUCAUGUCGCAACGCUGGCUGCAUGCAGCUGAGCUCAUACACGGCCGCUGGGCCAUGCUGGCAGCGGCGGGCUGCCUGGCUCCCGAGUACCUAGCGCAUGAGAAGGUCAUUCCCAAGGCCACCGGCGUGCUGUGGUUUAAAACGGGGUUCCUGCCUGCCGUCAGCGCGGGGUUUGACUACGGGCUGCCUCUGGGGGUGUUGGCGGGAGUGCAGGUGCUGCUGAUGGGGGUGGCGGAGGGACUGCGCUGGGCGGAGUACCGAGACCCGGGCUGCCUGCAUGGCGCCAAGUUGUUGGGGCUGGAGCGGCUGAUCGCGACCACGCGACCGGGCAGUGCGGCGUACCCGGGGGGGCUGAUGUUCAAUCCGUUGGGGCUGGGUGUCCGGCCUGCGGUGAUGCGGGAGUACCAGCAGGCGGAGGUACGGCACGGGCGGUUGGCGAUGCUGGCGUUCCUGGGCUACGCGGCGCAGGCGGUGGUUGCGGGGCGCGGGCCGUACGACUGCUGGAACAAGCACCUGGAGGACCCGGAGCGGUACAAUGUGCUGUCGCUGCUGCUGGCGCCGCCGGGGGGGCAGUAGAGGGGUGGCGAGGGGGGUGUUGCAGAGGCUUGGAGAGUUGUUGUAGUUGGGUUGCGUUCCGAGGGUUGCUUUGCUGGUGCUGCUGCUGGUGCUGCUCUGCUUUCGUUGGCAUCUGAGUUGCAGGGUUAAGUUGAGCGUAGGUUGCUAGUUGUUGACAUGAUUCAUAGGAUUGACCGUGCCGACCUGGCCAUGAUCAAAUGAUCAGGCGUUUAGCUUGCUUAGUGCUUGGUAUGCAUGGCGGGACCCGCGGGACAGCAAGCUGUUUCCACUAGGACGACGCUCCUUGUAAACACUUUGUGCGUUACAUAGAAUGCCGCGGGCCCGCGGACCACUGAAACAGUAAAAGUGGCUUGCCCCUUAACCGCUCUUUUGCCACGCUUAUGAGGAAUGUACGGCCUUCUCAAAUUCUCACAUGAGUAAACCCUUUCAUGUCAAGCAUGUGAAUCCUGACAUGACAAGAGCUAACGAUUAUGCUUACCGAUAGCCGUGUUGACGGCAAAUGACAACUGCGACAGAGUGGCUACUUCGGGAAAUAUCCCAGGAAGACGAUCUAGGCCACGUCGUCGCUUUAGAACUUCGCAAUCGCGGCCUGACGGAGGUCGGGGCCAUUGAAAAAUGCCGUGGACUAAAGGUGCUGGACUUGGGCUUUAAUCAGCUGAAAAGCGUCAAGGGGUUGGAGGGCCUUGAUAAGCUAAAAGAAUUACGGCUUAGCGAUAAUAAGCUAUCAUCUGUUUCGGCAUUACAGCGGCUGUUCGACUUACAUACGCUUGCACUCGAUGGCAACAACUUUACACAGUUGGAGGGCCUACACAGCCUACGCGGCCUCAAGGUCCUCAAUGUGUCCUUCAACCAGCUGUCUUCGCUCAGCAGCCUUGGCCGGCUCACCUCCCUGGAAGUGCUACAUGCAGCUGGGAACCAAAUCACGGACCUGGAAGCUCUCAGCGGCUGCCCAGCGUUGCGUGUCGUUAACGCCUGCUCAAACCGGUUGCAACACCUAAAGGGUUUAGCACGCUGCGCUUCUCUUCAGGAGCUUCACGUCGCGGACAACAAGCUGACGGACCUCUCGGGGCUUAAAGCGGUGGCCAGCAGCCUAGAGAUCCUGGACCUCAGCGGCAACUCGCUGACCUCGCUGUCGGGUCUGUGCUCGCUGCCCAAGCUGGCGGAGCUGUACGCGCGGGAGAACGCAGUGGAGGCGGUGGAGGGGCUGGCGGCCCGCCUGCCGGCGCUGGAGCUGCUGGACCUGGCUAGCAACCGCCUGGCCGCCAGUGCCGCCCGCCUGGCGGAGGCGCUGUCACCGCUGACGGACCUGGCAGCGCUGCAGCUCAGCGGCAACACCCGACUGGAAGCGAGGACAGGGGCGGACGGCAGCGGCAGCAGCAGCGGCGGCCCGAGCGGUGGAACGCCUGCUCCUCCUUCUCCUUCUGGCACCGGCGCGGGCGACCGGGAGGACCACAGGGCGGUGCUGUUUGCGGCGCUGCCCUCCCUGGAGCUGUGUGACGGCCAGGAGCGGCCGCAGGUGCUGGCGGUGUCCGGAGGGGCGCAGGAGGGGGCGGCAGCGGGAGGUGGAGAUGCCGGGCAGCCUGCAGCAGCAGCAGCCGAGCUGGACCCCACUUUUGCGG